CAUUAAAAUAGAGAGCAAUCAAUGAUUGCAGUGUGUGAGUCAGCUGGAUAUUGCAAAUCCAAGUCAUUUUGAUGACUCGACAGGAGUAGAUGCCUUGCUCACCGAAUGGGACAUUAUUCGUUGCGGUGCAUUGAGAUAUGACAUUAUUUUAUGGAAAUAAUUUCCCCCGAAUGUGUGCUAUGAAGAAAACAUCUUUACAGAUAAAGACUGCAUUAUUUCCUUUGUUGUUUCGAUGCGAAGUUGCAGAGCACGUGCUACAAGACCGACCAUUAGAGGGCGCACGAGGCUGUUGGAGGAGGGACUACGUGUUAACAUCCAGUACAGCAGGUGGCAGUAACGCGCCUUUCAAUAUAAUAUACAGCAAUGUCAAGCUUCUUGUAGAAGAAUACAUCCGUUGGUGUCAAACGGUCUGUGGUUGUUGUGCUUAACAUUUUAACAUUAGCGGUUGAUAGCUAAUUAACUAUCAAAUACAAGAUGUGGCAGCCUGAUCCUUACCAUAAUGAGUUGGUCUUUGUUAUGGAUGAAUUAAUGACGUCGUUGGAGGAUGAAAUUGAGAAAUGUAUGGCGGUCUUAGUCUUUUCCACACAAGACAGGACAGACAUUGAUGCAGGGGAGACGGGGGAAUUUGAAAGAGAAUCCAAGUUGGAGGUUAAGGUCCAGUUGACAUGUGUGAUGAAACAGUUCGUGAAACAGACUCUCACCAAAAUCAACCAGUUGAUCUCUAAAGGCACUGAAGCACUGCGUUCAGAGAUAUGCCAGAGUCAAAGUGAGAUUAAAUCUCUGAAAAUGAAGCUUUUGGAGAUGAAUGUUGGUAAGGAAGUACCUGAAAAUACAGUGGAAAGAACCCCACAGACAGAGGAAGAGGAGGAAUGUACGGAAGCAUCAUUAUCACCAGAGUUUGCAGAGGAUUUUCAGGUUGACUUGCCAACUCCCAGUGGUGAGGCUGACAACACUACAAAAGUCAAGAAGGAGACCACGAUCAGAGCUAAAACCAUAGUGUUGGAACAGUCAUUUACAUCUCUAGCUAAAAUACCUUCCUCCUCACUCAUUGAGUCUAUCAAACAGGUGGCUAUUACAGACAAACAGGCAGCAAGCAGGCCUACAGACAAACAGGCAGCAAGCAGGCCUACAGACAAACAGGCAGCAAGCAGGCCUACAGACAAACAGGCAGCAAGCAGGCCUACAGACAAACAGGCAGCAAGCAGGCCUACAGACAAACAGGCAGCAAGCAGGCCUACAGACAAACAGGCAGCAAGCAGGCCUACAGACAAACAGGCAGCAAGCACGCCUACAGACAAACAGGCAGCAAGCACGCCUACAGACAAAAAUCCAGCAAGCAGGUCUACAGACAAUCAGGCCCCAAGUACAGACCCCCAAACUCCAGGUGGGGACUCUGUGGUGUCCACCAGACCCAGGAGGAAGAAGAAGAGAAUAGAAGCACAACCCACAGCGGCAGAAUCAGACGGAAGUGAGGAAAACGCUGAUGACCAAUGGGAGAAUGCUAAAGCUGGACAAACCUCGAAUUACAAAUAUGUUCACAACAUAAAGCCAAGGCCCAACAUAAAGAAAAACCAGACUACCACCACCAGGAAAGAGCACCACUGUCUGGACUGCGGUAAGAUUUUUAAGAAUUCAAGUAAUUUAAAACUGCAUCAACAGACUCACACAGGAGAGAGACCUUAUUGUUGUGAAUUAUGCGGAAAAUGUUUCCCGACUGCUUGGAAGCUCAAAAUACACCAAGCAGUGGUCCACAGAAGAGAGAAGCCACUUGAGUGUCCAACAUGUGGGAAGUGCUUUGCAACAAAGCAUUAUUUGGACACUCACGCAAGCGUUCAUUCAACAGAGAAACCGUUCCGAUGCCUCGUGUGUCAAAAGUGUUUUAAAAGUAAAAGUGGUCUCAAGGAGCACACAAUGUUGCACAAUUCAAAUUCAGAUUCAUAUGCGUGUGACAAAUGUCCAAAAACCUUUGUUAAGUUGAAAUACCUCAAGAAUCACCAGCUAACUCACAGUGGGGGAGGAGCUCACCGUUGUGAAUUGUGUGGGAAAGGUUUCAAGACUCCUUCGGAGCUCAAACGGCACCAAGCAUCAGUCCAUAGGGGAGAGAAGCCAUUCCAAUGUCCCACAUGUGGGAAGUGCUUCGCAGAGAAUAAAAAUUUGAAAAUCCACGCAAGUGUUCAUUCAGAAGAGAGAGCAUUCCAGUGCCCUCAGUGUCAGAUGUGUUUCAAAACCAAGUAUACUCUUAACGACCAUAAGAAGACGCACACGGAUUCCAAGCCAUAUUCUUGCGACAAAUGCCCAAUGACCUUUAUCCGGUCUUAUUAUCUCAAGAUUCAUCAAGCUUCGCACCUGACCAGCAAGCCAUUUGUGUGCAGCCACUGUGGGAAAGGCUUCAAAGGUGAACGUGGGCUCAAGAGACAUGAACGCACCCACACCGAAGACCCAACUUAUACCUGUGACGAAUGUGGCAAGGGUUUCUAUCAACACGAAUCAUAUAAAGUCCAUGCGGCCUUGCACACCGGAGAGAAGCCGUUCACCUGCGAUCACUGUGAAAAAACCUUUGCUCUGGCGUCCUACCUUAAAACCCACAUAGUGAAACUUCACUCUGUCACCGAACCCCACGUCUGUGGGAAAUGUGGCAAGAAAUAUAAGGAUUUCACCCAUUUUAGAAUCCAUAUGUUUCAGGGUUGUCAAGAGGCUGCGGCGUUGGUUUGACUAUAACAAGAAUUGCCUAUCAUUGGAAAUGACCAUUUCUCUUCUUUCUAAUGUUGGGAAGGGAUCAAAAUAUAUAUUGGAAAUAUAUGGUACAUGGAAAUCAAGAUAUGGAGGUAGGUGGGAUGGGCUGAGAGUAACUGAGGGGUGGGAUUAGAAACUCAUAAUCUGUGUAAUAGUUAGGACUGAAAACACCAUAUCAUGCAUACCGGAAAUGCCUGAGUACCAUUUCAGGUGUAAUGUGUAUAUCAAACUAUUUCUGACAUGUAAUACCUUGUAUAAAAAAUACUAUGUAUGAAUAAUGUGCAUGUAACAAAAAUGGAAGACAAAGUUACUUUUUUCAUACAGGGGAUAGAUUGGCCAGUAAUAAAAAUAAUAGUAAAUAAAAAAGUUGGAGGAGACCUACAACACCCCCCCCCCCCCCCCCCCCCCCCCCUUUAAAUGCCCCCCUGGUUGGAUGCAGGUUAGAGGCACAACCUUUCAUUCUGACAAUGCUGUCAUUCAUUGUUAUUUUGGAAUUGUGAAUAAAGUUGCAAUACGUUCUUGUUUCACUACAAACAUUGUUAUUCCAUAUACAUAUACGAUGAUAGAGCACAGUACCA